UGUCUCACUUUCUACAUCCUUUAUUUUCAAGUAUCAUAAGGAAAAAAAUGGGUUCCAAGGCAUUUCUGAUUCUUGGCCUUUUUUUGGCCAUUUUUGUAAUGAUAAGCUCUGAGGUUUUAGCCAGAGAGUUGGUUGAGACUUCCACCAAUACUUUAGAAGAGGACACAAAGAAAUUCAAUAACAAGUAUGGGGUACAAGAAACCCAAUUUGGCGGGUACCCUGGUGGUGGCGGAUAUCCUGGUGGCGGCCACGGUGGUGGUGGAUACCCUGGAGGCGGAUAUCCUGGUGGUGGUGGAUAUCCUGGCGGUGGCGGUGGUGGUGGUGGAUACCCUGGUGGCGGUGGUGGUGGUGGCCGUGGUGGUGGUGGAUACCCUGGUGGCGGUGGUGGUGGUGGAUAUCCUGGCGGUGGCCGUGGUGGUGGUGGAUACCCUGGUGGCGGUGGUCGUGGUGGAUAUCCUGGUGGCGGCCAUGGUCGUGGUGGAUACCCUGGUGGCGGCCGUGGUGGUGGUGGUGGAUACCAGGGAGGCGGUGGCCACGGUGGUGGUAGAUACUCCGGCGGUGGACGUGUUGGUGGCGGCGGCCGCGGUGGAGGUGGUGGUGGUGGCCGCAAGUGCUGCUCUUAGAUACAAAAGUGGCUAGUAAUAUACAAUGGCCUUGUACUAAAGUGGCAAGAUGUAGUAGUAAUAUUCUUGCUACUACUUGUAGAAUUAUUAUGAAAUAAAAGUGUCAUCAUGCAUGCAAUGUUUGUUAAUUAUAUGGUAAUAUUUUCCCUUUGGUGUCAUCA